AUGAACUAUGACCUUGACCUUCUGUCCAUGAGUAAACGUCAGGCCACAGAAGAUGAUCACCAGUUAUACAAACCAUCAGCAGAGAUGUGUAAAUGGCAAGUUGAAAUGGCAGACAUUUUGAAAUCUCAAAAACAGAAAGGUGGAAUCAUUGACCUAGAGGCAGAGAAAAUCAAAUUUCUGGUUACAGCAGAGGACACUGUAAAACUACCAUGGCAAGUAACAAGCUCUGAGCUGGAUAACUUAGCGAAGUCAAGUACAAAUUCUAAGGAGAGCAGGCAGGCAGUAGACAUCAAACCAAUUACGGUUGAAGGUAAAAGUCGAAGUGCAGGACUGCACGGUUCGAACAGAGAGAGAACAAACAGACAAGAUCACCCAAGGCCGAGCUCUGGACAUACGGACAGACAUCAACGGUACAGAGGUCAUAGGAACUAUGGCCGGGAUGGACAUCGGUCAAAUGAUGGGAGGAACAGAGGUGGACAUAAAGUCAAUCGAAGUUACCACACAGGUCAGGUUGAUGAGAGGGAAAGGAAAGCAGACUAUGAUAAGGAAAAACGGUCCGGAGGUAGAUCUGUCAAAACAGAUGCUACCAGAUCUGAUCGGACAGAUGUUAGUAGUGGAAAUGUUUCUCCACAACAUAAGGAACACAAGGCUGUAAAUGAAAGGUGUGAAACUGCUUCUAAAACGGAAAUUGAAAGUCAAUUUAGGACUGUAAACAGAGGUUCUGUAGCAGAUGAUGAUCCCAAAAAAAACAAGACCAAUGGGGAUAAAAGUGCUAUAACUAAAGACAUAGAACAGGACAGUGCAGGUCAAGGUCAGGAAGACCGUGACAAAAGUAGCAAUAUUUCUCCCAAAGAAAGUGUGGAAAAACAGACAGAAAGAGUCAGUAUAGAUUCUGAUAAAAGUUUUCAAAGGAAAGGAUUUCCUGCGUCAGGAGGUAAAAUUAGUGCUAGGUCUUCUAACAAAACAAACUAUAGGGGAAGUGAAAGUAAAAAUUCUGAAUAUGAAAACAGAAAUUAUUAUAAGGGUAAAAAUGAUGACAGGGAAAGGGAACAUUCUAGUCGUGGAAGAGGUCAGGGUCGUACUGAGAGAGGUCAUGGACGUGGAUCAAGGCGAAGUGCCAACCAGGAAGCUGUUAAAAGUAAACCUGAACUGGAGAAAAAUAAUACUGAUCCACAGGAAAAAGGAAAAGUUUCCAAAGAACUAGGUUUCCAACGCCCUAACUCAGGCUACAAAGGGAGAAAUCAGGGUUUCGGUAGACCUAGCAACAGGACACAAUAUCAUUAUGACUCAUAUUCUAAGCAUGGAAAAAGCGAACGAAGAGAGGUCAGUAGCAAAAAUGACAAAGGGGAGGUCAAUGGCAAAUUUGACAUAAAAGGGGUCAAUGGCAAAAGUAACAGUGGACAGGUCUCUUAUGAUCACACUCGUACAAGACAAGUUGAGUCGGCAAGUACAAACAAAAGCAGUAUAAAACCAGGAGGUAGACACAACUCAGAGACACAGAACUCAACAAGUGACAACUUUGGGGCUAUAUCAGAAACGUACGAUGACAGAUUUGUUCAGGAUCAUAAACAUUGGAACAAAGACAAAGAAACUGGUGUGUGUAAAGGUAGAAGUGAUACUAACAAAAAGGAAGCUGUUAUUACUGGUAAGGAAAGGACUAGUCAGCCAAGCUGUGGGGUGAAACGCCCACCAGGCUUUACUCUGGUCCAAAAAAUGAAUAAUGAUGUCAAAAUUCCUCCUGGGUUUGAGAAAUCAGGAAUUUCUGUCUAA